UGUGUUAAGCUGCCGGUCGGCGCGGCCCUGCUGUGGCCUGUCAGCCCGCGGGGUCUCCAUGGCCGUGAGCGGUUGCCGGGCCCGCGUGCUGAGCCUGCGCCUGCUGACCCGCGCCUUCACACACACGCCCCGCGCCGCCGCCCCGCGCCCCGCCAGCCAGAGGCGGGCCCUGGGCCUGUGCUGGAGCCACAGCCAGAGCCACAGCCAGAGCCGGGGCCCCGCCAGCGGCCAACAGCAGGACAUAUAUCAGCCUUUCCAGGGGGAAGACUACCCUCCUCUUCCUGAAUAUGAUGUGGGUGCAUUAGAAAUGGAACAAAAUCGGAUAUUUGUGGUGCGUGCUAGGGGGCUUCCCUGGACCUGCUCAGUAGAAGAUGUGCUGGACUUUUUCUCAGAUUGUAGAGUUAUGAACGGUGUUAAAGGUGUGCACUUCCUGCGCACAAAAGCUGGGAAGCCGAGUGGAGAGGCAAUUGUCGAAAUGGAAUCUGAAGAAGAUAUUAACAAGGCACUGGAGAAAGACAGAAAGUACCUGGGUUCACGUUAUAUAGAAGUUUUCCAAAUGAGCAACAGUGACGUAGAGGCCAUGCUAAAACGCCUACAUUGUAAUGAGAAAGAAAUGACUGAAGAUGGUGUUGUGCGUCUCAGGGGGCUUCCCUUCAGUUGCACCAAGGAUGAUAUUAGUCGGUUCUUUUCAGGUCUGGAAAUUAAAGAAGGUGGAAUAACAAUGACUCAGGAUCGUUGGGGUAGAAACACUGGCGACGCAUUUGUGCAGUUUACAUCUCAGGAGAUUGCAGAUCAAGCACUGACAAAGGACCGAGAGAUGAUAGGACCCAGGUAUGUUGAGAUAUUUCGGAGCAAAAGGAGUGAAUUUCAUUCUCAAAGAGGAUCGUCAAAGAAACCACAGCAAUGUCCAAGUGCACAGGACAUUUUCGAUGCCGAAAGCAAUGCUGUGGCUAUCAGUAAGAAUGCCUAUGAGCACAUAGUGGAGGAAGAAGAAGUAAGAGGCCUGAAUGAGCAAACAUCUAAAGUCUAUUUGGAACCCAAUCACUGUAUCCAGAGAUCUGAUUUAUACAAUGUGCAUAUGAGAGGCCUCCCAUUCAAUGCCAACGGCCAGGACGUUGUGAAGUUUUUCUAUCCACUGACACCACUGCGGAUCAUUAUGGAGUACGGGCCUGAUGGUAAAGCCACAGGAGAAGCGGACGUGCAUUUUGCUAGCCAUGAAGAUGCUGUGAUUGCCAUGUCGAAGAACAAAUCAUGUAUACAACAUCGUUACAUAGAACUUUUCCUGAAUUCUUCAUUCUCCGGAAGUAGUACUGGCAAAUACAACCAGGGAUUCCAACAAAGGGGUUCUGAAGAAGAAGGUUAAAUGGCCUUGAUUUCUGGAACAUCGUUUGUCCUGGAAAUGAACACUUCCGAAUAAGCAAGUUAUCUUGAAAGUAUGAAAGCAGGAACUAGCACCAAAGCACACUUUGGAUCAAAGCUCACCUUUUAGACAACGGACCUGAUGGCAGAUAGAUAUCCUGUGAGGUAUCACAAAUAAUGAGGGGAAAAUUGAGGCCAUUUGUCUGCUUGUUAUACAUAACUGGAUCCUAUAUCUUGUAACACGUUUUAAUGUUACAUCACGUGACUUCAAUAUAAAACAAGAUACAAUAAAAAUAUUUUAGCAAGUUUACAUGCUUGCUGAUUCUUGAA